UCUCCCAAGUCUUUCUAGUUUCCUCGCAAUACCAGAAGGCAUGGAUGAAGGAGUCACUCUGGGUGCCACAUUUUAAACAUCUAUCUGAGGAGCUACUUUCAAACUUCUGAAUUUUGUCUCUACUAUAGUAUAUUCUUGUCAUUAAUUUGUACUGAAUUAAGCGUAAAUUUUCAUUAGUGUAACUUGCAAUUUGAUCCACCCCAACUACUGCAGAUGGAGUAAGGGAUGUUAUUAAACACUGAAAAAAACCACCUCUGCUACCUCUGCUGGCCAUGCCAAAAUGCUGUUUGAUCAUUGAUAUCACUUUACCACCACCCCGACAAAGUGACAACAUGUGCAAGCUGACUCUAACUGCAGGUCUCUGUUUGAUCCUCACCAGCUUGGCCUUUUCCUCAGCCUCUUCCCUCAGGCUGGUGUGUUACUAUAACAGCUUGGCUGAAAGUAGACUGGAGGAUGGGAGGUUUACUGUUUCAGAUAUUGAUCCAAACAAGUGUACCCAUCUGAUCUACGCCUUUUCUGACAUCAACAACCGACACAUGCUGGUCCCAAGCAGAGCAACCGACAUACAACGUUAUCAGGCCUUUAACGGACUCAAAAACAGAAAUCCACUGCUUAAAACUAUGUUGGCGGUUGGUGGCUCACACUUGAACACACAGAGAUUCAGUGCAAUGGUGGCAACACAACAAAACAGAGCAAAGUUUAUCAGGUCUGCUAUCACACUACUGAGAGUAAAUGGUUUUGAUGGGAUAAACCUUGACUGGCGGUACCCUGGAGGAGCUGGAAGCCGACCACAGGACAAGCAUAGAUUCACACUGCUGUGCAAGGAGCUCAAAGAGGCCUUUAUGGCUGAGGGAACUGCAGAUAACCGAUUACUGGUCACUGCCAGUGUCUCUGCUGAGAAAGCAAUCAUCGAUGCCAGUUAUGAAGUCGCACAGAUUGCAACGUACCUGGAUUUCAUUAAUGUGCUGACAUUUGACUUUCACGGCCCCUGGGAAAGUGUCACAGGACAUCACAGCCCCUUAUAUCAGGGAUCUCAGGACACUGGAAACAACAUCUACGCUAACACUGACUAUGCCAUGCGGUACUGGCGGGACCAGGGAGCACCACCAGAAAAGAUAAACAUGGGGUUAGCAGCAUACGGGCGAGUUUUUAACCUCUCCUCUGCAUCCAGUGUUGUUGGAGCACCAGCCAAUGGUGCCGGUAUAGGAGGUCUCUUCACUGGUGAAGAAGGAUUCUGGGCCUCUUAUGAGAUUUGUCUUUAUGUUGAAUAUGAUGAUAUUCAGCCGAUCUCUGAUCAGAGCGUUCCAUAUGCCACCACAGGAAAUCAAUGGGCUGGAUUUGAUGACAAAGACAGCCUUGAUACAAAGACCAGUUACCUAAAGGCUAACAACUUUGGAGGAGCUUUCGUCUGGUCUCUGGACCUGGAUGACACUAGUGGACAGUUCUGUAAACAGGGCAACAACCCUUUCAUCAGCCACCUGCACACUCUCCUGUGUCCAGGUUUUCCUGACCUUACAGCUACAACAAACACUGCCACAACUGAAGCUCCAACAACAGCAGCUCCAACAACAGCAGCUCCAACAACUGCCGCUCCCACAACAGCUGCUCCAACAACAGCAGCUCCCACAACAGCAGCAUGGUCCACCAGCAUGUGCAUGCUAGUGCAUCACCGCUGUGUGUAUAUUGUUUCCAUAGAAGGGAGACCGGAGCCAAUAAUCCUCUCUGCAGCUCUGAUGACCCGUUGCAUGGACUUCCUCUCAGCCAGGGUGGUGUUGCCAUACCACACUGUGAUGGCGGAGGUGAGGAUGCUCUCCACAAGUCCUCUGUAUGCUUGGGUGAGGGGCUAG